AUGACUUAUUACACACCAGAGGAAGGUUAUCAAACUCUUUCAGAUUUGGGAGAUGACGGUCGACGUGCUUAUCGACUAACAAACAACGCUGAAUUUGUUUUUCCAAUAUUAUUAUUUCUUUCAUUAUCUUUAUCUAAUUUGGCGAUGGGAAAGGGACAUCAUUACAUAACUGGUCCAUUUCUGUAUAUGAUUUUUGAAUACAUUGAAAAUCUUGCAGAAAAAUAUGUAUUGGAAAUUUAUCCAAAUCGGCAUGAUACUGUAAUGAAAUUAGCUUGUUAUGCUGGCUUGAUAAAUACUCCACUUGAUGAUUAUGUUAAUACACCUGAUCCAACUUAUAUUUGGAAACACCUUAAAACGUCACAACAAUGGUUUAAUAAUUCAUUUUCAUCUCGAUCAAUAUGGUGGCAUUAUAUGAUUAUUACUGUACCAAAUAUUCUCAGACGUUCAAAUAAUGCUUUUGUGCGUAUCGUAGGUGGAAAUAAUAAUGAACCGUAA